CUGCAACAGGUACAGCCAUCACUACCCAUGAGCCUCCUGGGGCGGUCGUCCUGCUCUGGUUUGACUGUGGAUCUCUUAAUAGGAUUAUCUAUUCUCAGUACGGGAGAAAGGCUGACGGAGAAAUGAACCAAACGCAGACAGGAAUUUAUGAGAAUAUAUUUCAGCAACCCUAAACAAUCUGCUGUCGACUGAAGAGGAUUUCAAUAAUUGAAUCUGGUUUUUACCUGAGUAAGACUCUUGGAUUAUUUUAGUGAAGACACGAUGGACGCUCAGCCUGAUGCAGAGACAAACAGCUACUGUCCUUCCACCAUGCUGGGCAGUGACGACAGUGAUGAAGAAACCAGUCAGGAGGAGCCACCAGUCACAAACUGGAGCGAGCUGUCCAUCAUAGAGCGAGUGGGCCUCAACGGUGUAGAGAUGUCAGAGAAAGAUUUGGAGGCGGCCUUCACUCAGAUCGCCCUGGCCUUUCGCUGUGAUCAGUACACCCUGAAGCAGAGGCUGCAGGCGGAGGAGCACGCCCGCAACCUGGCCGAGGAGAACAUCCAGCUGGAGCUGAGCAGAGGCAAGGAAACCCUCGAGACACUGAAGGACCUGUGUCUGGACAGUCAGCGCAGUAAGAUCCUGCAGAGGCUCGAGCUGUCUCUGGACAUCCUCGGUGGGACUGUGGAACGAAUCUCCAACACAGCCGAGGUGCUCGGUGCUGUGCACCAGGAGGCUCGAGUGAGUCGGGCAGUCGAGCUCAUGGUGGCUCAUGUGGAGAAUCUGAGGAGACGACAUGACAGAAACGCAGCAGAGAUGGAGGAGGCCAAGAAGGUGAUCCAGCAGCAGUACUACCCCAGAAACAUCGACCCCGGAGCGCCUCCAGAUCAAGAGGAAAGUGACAGGAGGAGAAGUUUUCAGCAGAGCAGCAGCCGUCGAAGGGUCAGUGCAUCAGUCAUUUCCAGCAAAGCCCAGGAGAAGAUAAAGCGAGACUUGAGGAAGCGGGCCUCCAGCAAGAAGUCGGUGCGCAGCUGCCCGUCUCCAUCCCUGAGCUCUGAGUCCAGCUGCUCUGUCGUGACCAAGGAUGACAGCAACUCAGUGGAUGACAGGCCGCUGGAUCCACAUGAAACUCCGCCAGAAGCUGCAGCUGCUCAGCUUCCUCCAGAGCCCUCUUCCACCCCCAACCCAGAGUGCCUCCCAUCAAAAGAACUGACCACCACAAAGACACAGCAAAGCAAAACUUCUCCUUUGGACACAUUGCGACAGAGACACAAAGGCAAAUCUGCGUUAUCAAAGAAGAAAUCAGACAAGGAUAAAAAGAGUUCAAGUAUUUACCGACGGCUUUCUGCGGGCACGUAUGGAUCUUUGUGGAGACAACGUCCUCUGGCUCACUGGUUGUAUCGCUGUCGCUGGGCGCUCCUCUGCAUGUACCUGUGUGUGCUCUUCUGUGUCAUAACACUGACUUACUUCUUGUUCGAAGCUUUGUGAUUGAGCUUAUCUAUACUAAAAUCUGUGACUGUAUUGUAAACAUCAAGUAUGUACACCAGCUGAAAGUAACUGCCUCAGUCUGGAGAGCGCUUUGUAUUUGAAUACAAAACAUUUUGAUUUAAAA